AGGGUUUUUUCAAAAAACAAAAAAAGAAAACAACUCCAAACCCCGAAAUCCAAUUUUUUCACUCUCAUUUCGCUACUCUCAGGUUAUGUGCUGAAAGGGUAGGGCACCAUUUUAACCUCAUGCAUGCUAUAAAAGGCGCCUGGGUUGGUCAAACAUUUGCAUUAGCUAAAAGCAAUGAGUCUGGUGGAAGGAAGGCUCGAAUUCGGCGUUCAAAGGAGGAGAGGAAAGCCAUGGUUGAAUCUUUUAUAAAGAAGUACCAGAGGACAAAUGAUGGGAAUUUCCCAUCUCUGAAUCUCACCCACAAGGAAGUUGGUGGAUCUUUCUACACCAUAAGGGAGAUUGUCCGAGAGAUCAUCCAAGAAAAUAGAGUGUUGGGCCCUGGUAAGUUGAUUGAAGAGGAACAGAAUGCUGAACAGUUCCUGGAACAACAUCCAUUGGGUUCAAUUUCCAUCGAACCAAAAUCCUCUCAGCCUGCACCAGCUACUGGAAUUAAUUUUGUACCUAAUCAUGUUCAGGGUGUGAGAGAUGAAUCUGUUCCAUCUUUUGAUGGGCUAUUUGUGGGAUCUGAAAAACAUAAGUUUGAUGAUGAACAAGUCAUCAAUGGCAGUGCCAUGGUUUUGAAAGAUGAAACUGAUAAAGAAGUCAGUGCAGAGUUGGAAGGAAAUUGGAGUGCCAUGGAUUUGAAAGAUGAAACUGAUGAAAAAAUCAGUGCAGAGUUGGAAGCAAAUGAGAGUGCCAUGGAUUUGAAAGAUGAAACUGAUGAAAAAAUCAGUGCAGAGUUGGAAGCAAAUGAGAGUGCCAUGGAUUUGAAAGAUGAAACUGAUAAAAAUCUCAGCACAGAAUUGGCAGUAAAUGGGAAUACCAUGGAUUUUAAAGAUGAAAGUCAUAAAGAAGUCAGUGCAAAGUUGAAAGUAAAUGGAGGGGCCAUGGAUUUGAAAGAUGAAAGUGAUGGAGAAGUCAGUGCUGAGUUGGAAGUAAAUGGGAAUGCCAUUGAUUUGAAAGAUGAAAGUCAUAAAGAAGUCAGUGCAGAGUUGGAAGUAAAUGGGAAUGCCAUGGAUUUGAAAGAUGAAAGUCGUAAAGAAGCCAGUGCAGAGUUGGAAGGAAAUGGGGCUGCCAUUGAUAUGAAAGACAAAACUGAUCAAGAAAGCACAGAGUUGGGAGUAAAGGAGUUUCUUGAAGAAAGUGAGAAAGAACUAACACCAGUUAUGUCUAGUGCAGCUCCAGUAGUUUCAGAAGCUGACGAAAGUGUCAAGAAGUUCACAUCUAUUUCACCUAUACUCUCUCAGAUAACAACAGAUGUAAUUGUGGAGACAUUUCCAUUAAGACCUGUUUCUAAAUCAACUGACUACAUGGAUGAAAGGUACGGUGAAAUGAGGAAUCUCAGUGAGACUUCAGAAGAAAGAGAGAACAAAAAGGUGGACUUAGAUCCCAAAAAUGGUGGUUUCCUGUUAGAUGAAAUAGUUUCCUCUGAGAAAUCUUCCUUGGUGGAUGAUGAGAAAGUGGGAAAAGAUGUAGAUAUGUUGUUUGAGAAAAACUCCAAUUUGGUCUACAACAAAGUGGCAGAUAGCCUUUCCGAUCCACCACUAGAAACCUCUAAACAGUUAACAACCACUAACAGUGUAGUUCAUGGAUCUCAUAAUGGUACAACAUCAAGGGUUGAUUUAUCUCAUAAUGAUGUUUCAACAUCUACAACAAAUGAAAGAAGCAAGGCUACUGAUGGAGAGGUUAUAAGUUCUCCAAACCGCAUCCAUACAAAGAGUGACAGUACUCUCAAUGGAAAUGCUAGUGAAGAGUCAACAACCCAAGAGGCAGUUUUGGUUGAGAACAAAAGAGCCCAUCUUCAGCAUAAUGCCAACUCACCGAAAACAAGCAAUGGAACAUUGGACAGAAUUAACCUUAAAUCAUGGGAAGCAACCGCAAGAGGGAAUGCAUCAUCAGAAACCAACCCGCUCUUGGCCUUUUUCAAAUCGUUCAUCGCUGCCUUCCUGAAAUUCUGGUCUGAAUAAUGUGUUAUCUUUUCUUUCUGUUAUAAUUUUCAGUUAUUUUCAUCACUUACUGUCUUUACCAUAAUCAGUCUAUUGAGGCAUCAACUAACAAAAUCUCAGAUCCUGGUGCAUAUGCAUUGAAGAUUGAACAUUGCUCGUGACAAAAUUAUUUUAAUUAAUUUCAGUAGAGUUC